AGUUUAUGGUUAUUUAUAUAUUUAUUUAUUAUCUUCACAGAAUCUUGUCAUGCCCACUAGCAUUUUGAUAUUUUGAUUGACCGACCAAAACACUAGCAUGUUGAUAUUUUCAUAGACCGACCAAAACAAAAGAGAAAACAAAUCUUUUCUUUUUACUCAGAAAACCCAAAUCUCCUAUUUGUUUUUUUUUUGUAUAAUUUAGUUCCUUUUGGGCAAAACAAAAAAAACUUCCAUGUUACUUUACUAUACAUGUUAAGAGAAAAGAGUUAAAAGGAGGAAAAGAUGUGAAAGAGGAUGAGACUCGUAGUUGCAAUUCCUACCAAAUAAGUAAUCUUUACUGUGUUUUUCUUGUCCUUUUCUAUAAUUUUUAUUUCAUUAUUUGUACUGCCAAAAGUUUUUUAUAUAUAUGGAAGUUCUUGCUAAAAAGGUUUGCCAUUAUAAUUAUUUUGCUUCCUUUUUUAUUAUUUCGGAACAUUAUGUCAACUGCUGCAAUAUAUAUAUAUAUAUAUAUAUAUCAAUUAUCUCUUGUUUUUAGUUAGAAAUGUAAGCUUGUGUUAUCAAUGACUAGUUACAAACAUUGAAACAAAUAACUAGUAUAAAACACUAAACGAGCUAGAAAACCCACCAAAACAAGUUAACAUAUUUACAACUAACGUACAUAUAUAUAAAUCAAUGUUUGGCUUCCUGCAAGGUUUGCUAUCCUUCUUCCUCUAAUCAUCGAGUCUAGAGCUUUAUAUAUAAGUUUGAGGAUAUUAUCAAUACCUAGCUACUCCUGCAAUGUCACGAAAAAUCCAACAUUCGAGGCAACAAGGUAAACUCCACCUUCUUAUGGUAAACAUUAAUAGUUGAGAACAGAGAUUGGUUUUCUAAAGAUUUCAGAGCAGUCUGGCGGAUAGCGUCGGUUAAGUGGGCGAGCGAAAUUAGAUUUAUAAUGUUUGAAUUAGGAAAAUUUUGGUUGAAUUAAACUUGUAACCGAAAUUGAAAUUCCGGUCUAACCGGUUGAUUUAUAAUAUUCAGUAUAAAAAAAUAGUUUAAAAAAAAUACAAAUCAACAAAUCUAAACGCUAUCAAUAAAACAACAGUAACAGUAUACGAUAAAAAAAGGGGGGCACAUGGUAAUGCAAAAUGGUCGGGAAAGGAGUAUAAAAAUCAUUAUAUAUCAGUUGUAUAUGUCUUGUUGUAAUCUCGCAGUUUAAUAUUCAACCUCCUUUGGAAAGUAAACUCUUCGUAAUACUAAAAUAUUGAUCACGAUCACUAAGAAGGGAUAUUACACUUGAGAUAUGUAGAGCAACGUUUUGUAAGAAAAAAGUGUUAGUGAGUGCACGUGCUAACGCGGGGACAUUGGUGAAAAAGCUCCAAACUAACAAUAAAAACAAAACACUCGAAUUCAAACCCUACCCACAUGAGAUGUGUCCCUCCCAAAUUCCAAGCCAUAUCUUUUCUCCUCUAUCUGGGUCCGCUUUUUUAACCAUUAUUAUCGCUUACAUUUUUACGUAGUUUAACUAAUUAAAAUGCUAUUAUAUAAGAAAACAAAAUUGAAUAACAGCGCGAACAAGUCAUAAUAUGCCAUUUACAAUAUUCGAUAUCAGUCUUUACAGACCUGACAAAUUUAUUCUGACAGUUUUGUACAAUUUCUUUGUGGUUAAUUCAUUCGGACAUAAUAGUUCUGUAUUUAAAUAUUAGUUGCAUUGGUUGUAUUCGCUGUAUCUUAUUUUUUAGUAUAAGGAUAUUAGUAUUGAAUGGUUACUAUUCUUGUCUUUACCUAGCUUGGUUGUGUAAUUGGAGGAAAGCAUACAUUUAUUUCUGUCAAUGUUUUCAACGUGAGUUGUUGAAAUAGUUACGGUUGAAAACCAUUAAGCAAAAUUCCAAGAAACUUUGGUAAUAAUAUGGUUUAUUGUUCAAUGUCUAUUUCAUAUAACAAUCUAGUAUAAUAUUGUGUCAAUGAGUACAAAUGCUUCGACAUCUGGUUUAUUUAACGGCUUACUGAUUUGGUGAUUUGUCACUUUUGCCUUAACAACACUAGUUGCUAUUACAAUCCCGUGUUUCAAACCACUGUAUCUGCUCUUUGAUUCCUUUUGCAUCACUUCACUUUUUAGUGUGAUUUACACCAGGUUAAAAGACUUUUCCACGUUAGUUAUUUAAGUGUGAAUGUUGGUUCUACUAUUAUUUAUGUUUCGUCGCUUGGUAUUAUAGCUGUGUUUUAGCCAUCUUUGCUUUGUUAUUGUUUAGUUCAAACAAAUUUUCUUUCGAUGGAGUAUGAUCUUUUUAUAAAAGUAAGGUUUUGACCAAAAAACAAUCUAGUAUACAUAAGGUAAUUUGAAUAAAGUAAUCGAAGCAUCUAGAUGGUUAGCGUAAACACAUGUUGUUCACGUUUAAUCAAAGAUUAUGGGAUUGCAGUCAAAUAUAAUAGAAAGCAUCGCAUUCUAACGAAAAUAAGAAUACUCAAAAGAGCUAGAAGCAAAAUUGGAUUUCCUUGGCGGAUUAAUUAAUAAUCUACUAACCCUUGACUUUUUCUGCGGUUGGAUAAAGAGCACAACAAAACCAAUAGGAGAACAUUCAAUUUUUGCUGUUAACAUCAAAAGCUAGUAAUGUAUGUAUUGCAUGUUUUAUCGUUAAGAGACAACUUAUAGUGUCUAUCAACCGACCAUGUUUAGUAAUUUCUCAGACUAUUAUUUGGACAUUUCAUUUAAUAUUUACUUUGUUAGAACUAAAUAGUUGUUCUGCAGAUAGAGUUAAAACGAAAAGCAUAUGAAUAAAUUAUUCUCAAUAUAGUUACCUUUUUAUCAACAUAAACUAUACUCUGUAAAUCUCACAAGAUGGAAGACAUGUAUUAGUAAUACCUAAAGUCCUUUAAAAAUCAUUCAAAAUCCAGCUAAUGACCAUUGUUUUAUCUUAACUUGAACUAUUAAGUUUGUAUACGCCACAUUAGUCACAGUAGCAAAUAAAAGUCAAAUUCGGAUGUAUCUUGACGUUUUGCACCUCAGAUAACCGGUUGAACUACUAUUAUUGAUUUAUAAUCAAAUUUCCAGCAAAAGUUAUCAACUGCUUUUAGCUAGAAAAAAUCAAAACAAAAAAAAAGUAACCAUCUGCAUCCCAAAUUUAUAUCAAAAGAAUGCAAAAAAAAUUGGAUUAUACUGACCAAACCAAAUUCAUCACACGUGCAAAAAUAUAAAGGGUCAAAUGUAAUAUAUGAGGGAGAUUUAGAUUAUGUACGUAAUAUUGGUAGGAAUUACUUUAGUUUGAUCCAAAUUAGGGAAAUCCAAGGACACAUGCAUAUAUACAUAUACCAAGUGGUGUGCAGUGUGUGGGUAUGAGAGUGAGAGAGGGCUAUGAAGAGAGGAACAUGUGAAGGCAUUAAGAGAUGGUGGGGUUUGUAUUGAUGUCUUGUUCUUGGAAUGGAGCCACAUGGUAAGAGGGACUCUCAAAGCACCUAUCUUAGGGGUAGUUGUGAUGCAGCCAAAUAAGAGCCUUUGCAUGUGACUCCAUGUGUUUUUUCCUCCCUCGCCUUUUUUAUAUUGCCUUCUUCUUCUCUUAUAUAGAAUCUAUAUAAUUACCUUCAUGUAAUAUAUAUAAUAUUCUUUAUUGGGAUAUUCUACAUCCUUGUCUUUUUCGCUUAUACUUUGAAAACAAUAAAAGAAUAUUAUUACAUUCUUUCAAUAGUUUUAAGAUUUUUUUUUUAAGAAAUAGUUUUAAGAAAAUAUUACAUAUUUGUUUUCUUGUAUAUGAAAACAUAUUACCUCAUAUAUGUAUAUACAACGAAAACUAAUUUCAAAAUAUGAUCCACAAAAUUACUUUUACAUCAUCAGCCAAUGUUACAUACAAACAAACCUAGGACCCACUCUUAUCUUUCUCUCUUUCACAUAUUCUAAGUUUGCUAUAUAUGUAAGCUUAUCCCUUUAAACUUUCCUUUGUAGCAAGAAUAACUUUUUCAUAUGGAGAGGCAAAUCAUGAACAACAAGAAACGACUAUUCUCUGUUGAACCAACCAAACUAUCCCCUAGUGAAGUUUUCACAAGGAAAUACACAAGCCACUUAGUUCCUGCACUCAAGAAGCUCAACAUGGACAAGAACCCUUCACCAAUCAACCAACUAACCGUGAAGCAUGAAGUAGACAAGGCUUUGGCUUUGUCUGCUCAAGAAUUUGCAUGGAGCGGUUUCUUGCUACAGAAGCUAUCCUCCUCGAACAAUCCAACCACUACUACAAGUUCUUCUUCCAAUGGAACUCGGAUUCUAGAAGGAGCCUGUAAAGAAGACGAAGAUGGAGAGAUAGAGGAGAAACUGAGUGAACUACAGAAGCUUUUGCCAGGUGGAGAAGAGAUGAAUGUGGAAGAAAUGUUGAGUGAGAUUGGCAAUUACAUUAAAUGUCUUGAGUUACAGACGAUUGCUCUUAAGUCGAUUGUUCAAGAUACUACUUGAAUUUUAGUUUUUGCCUCUGUAUAAUUUUUAGUUUGUUUUUAUGUUCUGUCUUUAAACUAAAGUCAUCUAUGUCUGUUUUAAUUCUCUCAUUUUCUUUAAGAACGAGAGCAUAUGUAUUAAUAUUAUAGUGGUUUUAUUU